AUGGAAGGUAAAAUAGAACACGUCUCGGUGAUACUGCCCGUCAGCAACGAUCCGCUGAUCGUCGGGAACGUCAGCUCCAGGAAAAGCUUAAAACGACAUUGGAAUCAACUGUCUCGCUUCCAAAAGAACCUAGCCUGCAUCGUGCUGGCCGGAGUGUGCAUUUUCUAUGUAAUUUUCUUCGUUCUGCCGCUCAAUGAACCGUCCCGAAGCUCCGACGUGAUGGAUCCGAUGGAGCACAUUCAGAUAGCUCCGUUCAAGGAAAGGCACGAACGGUUCGCCUCCUCUGGAGUUAAAGAAAUCAAGCUUACCGACACGCUCGCCAACCCGCCAACGGAGGAACCCCUGGCAAAACCGGUGGGACAGCAGCCCGACACGAGUCUGGUGCAGCUUGAAAUUGUACAAAGUGAACCGAAAGAGAUCGUCGACAACGAAGAGAGUGUUCUUGAGGAAACCCACCGUGUCGCGUUUCCCGGAGCGAAAGACUUUAAGGGCCCAACGAACGAUCGGCAGAGGGCCGUCGUUGAGGCGGUGCUCCACUCGUGGAAAGGUUACAAAGAGUACGCCUGGGGGCACGACAAUUUGAAGCCCAUUUCGAUGGGCUACUCCGACUGGUUCGGACUCGGAUUGACCCUCGUCGAUACGCUCGAUACACUCUACAUCAUGGAUCUGCAGGACGAGUACGACGAAGCGCGCACGUGGAUCGACAAGUACUUAAAAUUCGACGUCAACCGUGAGGUGAACCUGUUCGAGGUGACCAUUCGCGUCGUUGGCGGGUUGCUAAGCGCGUAUCAUCUGAGCGGGGAUCGUAUGUUCCUGGAUAAAGCCAUCGAUCUCGGGAACCGACUGCUGCCGUGUUUCGACUCACCGUCCGGCAUUCCAUUCUCGGACGUGAACAUCGGAUCGCUUGCGGCGCACGCACCCAAGUGGUCACCGGACAGCUCAACGAGUGAGGUGACCACGAUUCAGCUUGAGUUUCGCGACCUGUCGCGUAGCUCCGAUAAUCCCGUUUUCGAAAAGGUGGCGUCGAGGGUGAACGUUAAAAUACACGAACUGGACAAAAACGAGGGCCUGGUACCGAUCUUCAUCAACGCCAACACGGGACAGUUUCGCAACUUUGCCACUGUUUCGUUAGGAGCUCGGGCAGACUCGUACUAUGAGUAUUUGCUAAAACAGUGGCUGCAGACUGGCAAGAAGAACGACGAUUUCCUUAUCACCGACUAUCAGCAAUCGAUCCGCGGUGUACUGAAUCAGCUCGUGCGCACGACACCGAACGAAAAACACGUCUACGUCGGGGAACUACUCAACGGGAAGGACUUCAAGCCCAAGAUGGACCAUCUUACAUGCUACCUUCCGGGUACGCUACUGCUCGGGUAUAAGAACGGAAUGCCAAAGACGCACCUGCGUCUGGCAACGGAUCUGCUCGAGACGUGCUACCAGACGUACAUGAAGCAACCGACGCAGCUCGCACCGGAGAUAUCGUACUUCAACGUGAACGGUGAAUCCGAGACGGACAUUUACGUGAAGACGAACGACGCGCACAACUUGCUGCGACCGGAGUUCAUCGAGAGUCUGUAUUACUUCUACGCCAUCACCGGCAAUCGCACGUACCAGGACAUGGGCUGGACGAUCUUUGAGGCGUUCAAUCGCUACACGAAAGUAAAGAACGGCUACACUUCGAUCGGGAACGUGAAGAACCCGCUGAACACGCGACCCCGCGACAUGAUGGAGAGCUUCUGGCUGGGAGAAACGCUCAAGUACUUCUACCUGCUGUUCAGCGAUGACCGGAACGAAAUCGAUCUCGACAAGUACGUGUUCAACUCGGAGGCCCAUCUGCUUCCGAUACGGGACGACUAAGUGGACACCAGCACCCGAACGGUGAGGUUGGUUUUUGUAUCGUGGUAAGGGCUGGAAUGGGCUAGAGUAUUUAUGUUGGGUUGUAUUAGCAGCAAACGUUGGCAAUUCGUCGCUUGCAUUGUUCAAGCAUCGUGAGUGACCCGUUGCAGCGGCCCUGCAGAUCGGGCAGGUUCGUGAAUCUUCUAGACAAAAAAGACGAUAUUAGUUAGUAAAUGAUCGAUAGUAGUAUCCUUGCACGUUUGCACGAUGGCAAAUGGUCAGGGGCGUCGAACCGGCGUAAAGAACUAUGUAAAUAAGUGUACGAAGGGAUAUUAGACAUCAAUUACAUUUCCUAUGCCACUAGAUGUAUCUCUCCAAUCGAACCGUACGGUUCGCUCCAGCCGCCGGUUCGAUUAAACGUUACCAAAAUGCAGCCGCGCGUGCGGAGAAGCCACCAAACAUGCACGGACUGCGUACGCCUUGCACACGAGAGCACAUUCCCGAGCACAAGCAUUUUAUGUCCUCAUAGACGUACCAUUGCUGUUCCUUCCUAUCCAUUAGCCUACCCUUAGUCCACCAGAUGUCGUUCCUGUGGUCCCUACACUCCUUUAGGGUUUCUGAAAUGCUCCUCAAAAACACGAUCAAAUUAGUAAGAACACGGUUCAACGGGCUGCGAGCUGCGUCAGAACUCAAUGGAUUUUAAAUCAAAGUAUUGCUAGUACACGCUAGUGAUAAUGGGGCUUUUUCCUUAUGCUUUUUGUUUAGUUUUUUGUGUAUACCUUGUUCUAGUCCUUCGGUGGUAAUGUAGCAAAAUGAAAUGAGAGAUCGUACUGAAAGGACGCACCCAAUGGGUGGGCAUGUUUUGAUUGAGACUUAGACACGCAAACAAAGCUCUUAUAGGCGGUUAAAUGAUGCAAUCAUGUUUUCGAUUAAGAUUAACGAUAGCGCAAGCAAGGAAGCAUUACCUACUAUUCUAAUGAGUAGACUUGAUCAGAAUUUUAGUAAAAAAUUACAAAUAAAUCAGGCUCACCGGCCAGAG